AUGCCUACAAUGAUAUCACGAUUGCCGGAGCCCCUCACCAUCGUGCAGGAGAUACCAACAGCUCCCCAGAUGACUUGCACCGAGGCCACCAGCUCCACCAGUCCGCUAGGCCGCUUACGCAGCGCCAUGAGGAAUAUUAGUUACACACAGAUGAACGCAUUCUUUGAUGCUUUCCUGGUGUUUUACAGUGAUGAACAUCUGAGUGAGGAACCUUCGGCGGAGGAACGUCGUCUAGAGUACAUCAGCGGCUGGGAGGGUGUUGGCACUGCAGCGGUGGUGGCCGACGGUGGCGCCGCACUCUGGGUGCCCAGUAGCGACGUGAGGCGUGCUCGAGCCUCGGUGUCCUGCGCCUGGCUCGUGCUAGAUGAGAAUGACAUUAACCAGCCAACGAUCGCCGAGUGGAUAGCGGAGCGUCCGGGGCGCAACGGACGAGUGGGCGGCGACGCGAGGCUGACCUCCGUGAACGAGUGGCAGAGCCUCGUCACUAACCUGCAGCGCGAGGGCAUGCAGCUCAUACACGUGCCGACCCUGCUCGAUCAGCUCUGGAGCGAGGAGCCCAACCCGGCGCUGCGACGACCUGAGUUCUCAAGGAUCGUCGCCAAUUUGCAUCACUUGGAGUACACCGGAAUGACAUGGCGUGACAAGGUAGUGGUUAUACGUAACGAGCUACGACAAUUAGGCGCAGACGCGAUGGUUGUGACAGCACUGGACGAGGUAGCAUGGCUGCUGAACGUGCGGGGCCGUGAUGUGCCCUACGCUCCGCUCCUGAAGGCGUUCGUCAUAAUCAGCAUGAAAGACGUCCGCGUGUACGCGCCGCCCGGGAAGCUCUCCAUGCCUGUGCGUGAAGCGCUGGCGGUGUACAACUGCUACGCUUCUGUUAAUAACUGUACGAGGGUCAAUGAAUACACGACCAUAUAUUCGGACCUCCGACGAGCUAGUGAAACAAAGAUCCUGAUCCCUACCGGUGGCACCUUCCAACGAGGAGCAUCCGCUGCUAUCGCGCAAAGUGUCCCGCAGUCCAAAAGACUGUUUCAGCCAUCUCCCAUCAUCUAUUUGAAGGCGCAGAAAAACGAGGCUGAGAUAAAGGGGAUGAGGAAAGCGCAUUUGCGUGACGCCGUCGCAAUGUGCACUGUCUUAAGUUACAUUGAGGGCAUGGGCAAAGCCGGUCUUAACGAGUUGUCAGUGGCGAUGAAGGUGGACGUGACCCGCGCCACGCAGGCGGGCUACGUGGGCAUGUCCAUGAGGACUCGCGUUGCGUUCGGUCCCAACGCGGCUGAGCAGGACUACCGCGCCAGCAACGCGACCAGCCGGCGCGUCUUCACCAACUCCACGCUCGUCAUACAGUCGGGGGGACAGUACGACGAAGGCACAACGGUGGUGACGCGCACGGUGCACUACGGGACGCCGUCCCGCGAGGUGCGGCGCGCGUACACGACGACGCUGCGGGCGCUGGCCGCGCUGGCCGCGCUGCAGACGCCGGGCACGCUGCCCGCGCCGCACGCCGACCCGGUGGCGCGCGCGCCGCUGUGGGCCGCGCGCCGCGACUACCCCGCGCCCACCGGCCACGGCGUCGGCGCCGCGCUCAACCGCCGUGAAGAACCAGCAUGGUACGAACCUAAGAAAUUUGGUAUUAAGUUGGGAAACGUUUUGGAAGUAGUGGCUCUGUCGAACGGAUAUUUAGGCUUUCGCGAGGCGACACUGUUACCUUAUGAGCCUAAGCUUAUCGAUCGGAAUUUGCUAACCGAUUACGAGGAAUAUGCAUCAAAAUGCCACGAAUAUAUAUUAGAAAAUUCAGGAAUACUAGGAAUGGAAAGCCCUUCCUACCUUACACUAAUUACAGCUCUGAAAAUUUACAGAAAGCAAUUCGAGACGAAAAAAGUAAGACUAACACUAGGAGAAGCAUCAUCUAAAUAUCACAUACCUAAAACAACGUUAUCGAGAAAAUGUAGAAACCUUAAUUGCUCACAAGAAAAAGCAGGACGUCCUACACUUUUUUCACCUGAAGAAGAGAAAGCAUUCAUUAAACACAUUGUAAAUUUGGCAGACUGGGGAUACCCAUUCGAUCUUAUUGAUCUUCGUAUUUUCGCGCAAAGGUACUUAAAUAAACUCGGAAAAACAAUAUACGGAGUACCCGAAAAUUUGCCUGGUUCAGAAUGGGCUCGAAACUUUUUAAGGCGUCAUAAAGAUUUGCUUUGGAACCGUAUGACUUCCAAUAUAUCUACCGAUAGAGCAAAGGUAUCAGCAUCGACGAUAGACUCAUUUUUUGAGUACUUUGCACCAACAAUCGGUGGUGUAACACCUGACCGAAUCAUAAACUAUGAUGAGACUAAUUUAACUGACGACCCAGGAAACAAAAAAUACAUUUAUAAACGUGGUGUAAAAUACACAGAACGGGUAACAAAUACAUCGAAAACGGCUUUUUCCCUCAUGUUUGCUGCUACAGCCGAAGGUCAGUUAUUACCGGUUUACGUGGUGUACAAAGCAGAACACCUAUGGGAUACCUGGUUAGAAGGAGAUCCUCCAGACGCAAUAUACAAUCGCUUUAAAAGUGGAUGGUUCGACUCGGUUUGUUUCGAGAAUUGGUUUGAAAAAGUGUUCGUUCCAUACGCUAAAAAAAGCCUGGACGUAAAAUUGUCAUAG